GAAUUAAAAAGCCCUGCCAAAUACUAGACAGCUAAACAAACACUUGCUGUAGAACAUGACUUGAUUGGGCUGUACUUCAAAUUAUCUAUCGCGCGCUUUUUGGUAUUUACAUACUCGAGUCAUCUGUAAAGGUAGUUUUAUGUAUAAURCUCAAACUUGAUGGCUUGGAACUUCAAAAUGACACGACUCAGUCUUACCGAAGAUAAAGGGAUUACAAUUACAUAGUUAACAUUGAUUCGAUUCAGGUCUCAACGAAGAGGAUCUAUCUCUCCAUAUUUCAGAUUCUGCCAAGACCCUAAUGGUUCGCUAGUGAUUAGCUAGGAUUCAAGGCAAUGGCUUCCCUUUAUGAAUAUCCUGCUUUGAUAAGAGAGCUUUACUCAAGACAUGCUUCAACACAAGUCAUUGAGGCUUUUCUACUUGUUGUUCUUAUGCUUCUGGCAUUGUUUGGUAAUGCGUUGAUAUGCUAUGUCAUCGCAAUGAACCAACGACUGAGAACUCCGUCCAAUAUGCUGGUGCUCAACCUUGCUGUCUCUGAUAUCUUAAUGGCUGUAAUCUGUAUGCCUUUAUCGCUUGGUGUUUUGAUUAGUGGACGUUGGCCUUAUGGUGUUGCAAUGUGUGACAUUCAAGGAUUUCUUAUUUUCUCAUUUGGCAUAGUAUCUGAGGCCACAAUGUGUGCAAUCGCCAUCAACCGAUUCUUCGCCAUAACGAAGCCGUUCCUUUUUACGUCAUUCUUCGCACCGCAACAAAUCCGCAUCAUGAUCGUGUUUCUAUGGUUACUKCCAUUCCUAGCAACAGUACCGCCAUUGGCUGGGUGGGGUUACUAUGCCUUUCAGCCCGGAAAAGCGUUUUGUAUUUAUCCAUUUAACGUUAACAUCAUAUACACAAUAUUAGUGGAAGUACUAUUCAUUGCUUUGCCAUCCAAUGUCAUCGUCAUCUGUUACAAAAAGUGCUAUACAGCUAUGAAGCAAAAUAACAGACGAGUAGCUGAUAUGACUAUGGGGGGAGGGAGUCAGGCUGGCGUGCACAGGCGAGCACAGGAAUCSCGCGCGACAAGGACUAUGAUGAGCGCUACCGCUGGCUACAUGAUCUGUUGGAUUCCCGUCGCCAUUAUCGAUUUUGCUGAUGUUGGCACAGGUGGUGGUAACCUUCCCCGUCAAGUGUACAUGCUGAACGCAUUUCUAAUCUACUUAUCGAGCACUAUCAACCCUUUUAUUUAUUGGAUAAUGAACAAGGACUUCAAACGAGCCUUCAACAACGCACUCCCUUGCCUUWCUGCAAAACAUAGCGAUGGAAGUCAUUCAUCGGAAGAUACUAGACGAGGAACGCAAGGUAUGGGAAACCUUGAUCAGUCCUCGACUCAAACCACAAAUACUGUAGGCAGUCCGAUCACUGAACAAGCCGUCUGGAAAAACGUGAAAAGUAAGCUGUGCAGUGCUAUGGAGUCACUACAUGAACGUCUCCGUUCAAGAAACACUUUUAAUAAAGUCAUCGAGGAUUGGCUACUCGUUUUGCUCGUCGUACUCGGCACGUUUGGUAACGCGUUGUUUUGUUAUGUCAUUGCACGAAACCCACGUCUGAGAACCCCGUCCAAUAUGUUGGUACUAAACUUAGCUGUAUCRAACAUCCUAAUGGCGAUGGUCUCCAUGUCGCUGUCACUAGGGGUCUUAAUCACUGGACGGUGGCCUUAUGGAGAAAUAGUGUGCGAUGUCCAGGGCGUUUCCGUCUUUACAUUUGCAAUUCCAUCAACGUUGUCGAUGUGCGCCAUUGCGGUCAGUCGUUACUUUGCCGUCGUGAGACCAUUCCUCUAUGGCAAGAUUGGGACGAGAGGGCAUCUUUGGAAGCUGAUACUUGUCCUAUGGUUGGUGCCUCUCGCUGCAUCAACGCCCCCCCUGACGCAGUGUGUCGGUGUCUAUGAAUUCCAUCCUGGAAAAGCCAUGUGCAUCUAUCCGUUCAAUACCAACAUACCAUAUACUUGUUUUGUCGAGAUUGUAUUUGUYUUGAUACCUGCUAUUACCAUAGUCGUGAGCUACUGGAAGUGCUAUAUAGCAAUGAAGAGAAACAGUAACCGUAUCGCUGACAUGACGUCAAGGAACCGCGAUMAUCGACGAAAAAUCAAAGAAUUUAAAAUCACUCGAAUGAUGAUGGCUGCAACCGCUGGAUUCACAAUUUGCUGGCUUCCAAUUUCGGUCGUCGACUUUGGAGAUUUGGCAACAGGUGGUGGCAAGUUUCCUCGUCAGGUUUAUCUUAUGUACAUGUAUUUACUCUAUCUCACAAGUACGAUCAACCCGUUCAUUUACUGGCUYAUGAACAGCGAGUUCAAAGAAGCUUUCCGUAAAGCACUGGCUUGCAUAUUUACCACGCCGCAGUCUGCCGAAUCAACUGAAGUUUCUCCAGUUAACAUGUCACUACGUGCUAAGGAUCAGCGCGAGCUAUAGUGAMUAGAGGUAUGCUUUGCUGUCUAGAAGUCUCAAGGCCUUGAAGRGAAAAUAGAGGACAUCUUUUUUCAUUUUCAUUCUGGACUCAGUAAGUUUAACUGGACUUUACUGAGC